UGACGGUGCUAGUACAAUGCUCAGAUGUCGAACUGGUGUUGCUGCUCAGCUUAAAAAAUAUAAUCCUUACCUUACAGAAAAUCAUUGCAUAGCAUAUCGAUUACAUCUUGCUAGCCAAGAUGCUGCAGAACAAGUUCUAUAUUUUAAAAAAUAUGAUGCAUUAGUUAAAGAAAUUUAUUUAUAUUUUAUACAAAAUACUUUAGAAGAACCAGAGCUUGUAUUAUUAAAUAUUGUAUCUACUCAUUGGCUCUCAUUCUCAAAUGUUAUUCAUAAUUUUUAUAGAAGUUUAAAAUCAGUUAAAGAAGCUUUAUUAGAAGAGUUAACAACUAAUCAGCAGGCUGCCUCUUUAUUAACGGAUAUUGAUCAAGAAUUUGAAAUCAUAACAAUGUUUUUAGCUGACUAUUUUUUUAUUAUGGAAAAAUUAAUAUGCAUUUUUCAAUCAGAUUAUAUUUCAUUUACUGAUAUUCAACAAUAUAUUACUAUGACGAUUGAUGCAAUUAGGGCUCAAUUUAUUGGCAAUAAUGAAGUCUUACUUACUUAUGGUCCAAAUUUACUUGAAUAUAUGGCAAAAAAUAAUUUAAAUCUUGAUCAACUUCCAAUAUUUAUUUUUGAAUUCGCGUUAGCAACUAUUGAAAGUCUUAAUAAUCGUUUUCCAAAUAGAGAACUAUUUGAUGCAUUAAAAAUAUUUGAUCCUGAACAAUUACCAAACUUAGAUAAUGAAUUAUCUAAUUAUAGUAAUGAAAAAAUUAAAUUUCUUGGUGAUUUUUAUAGAUUAGAAAAAAUAGUUGAGGAUAAAAAGUUUAAACCACCACUUAGCAAACAACUAUUAAUUAACGAAUGGGGAUUAGUUAAAUUUUUUCUUAAGAAUUAUCGAUCAGUUAAAUUUGUUAAUGCUUGGAAUCUUAUUUUUACAAAAACUUCUUUUCUUUUAGAUUUUCCUGCUACCUUAACUUUAAUUCAGAUUUCUUUAAUCAUUUCUGUUUCAAAUGCUGCAGUCAAAAGAGUUUUUUCUCGACAAAAUCUUAUAAAAACCCGACUUCAUAAUCAAAUGAGUAUUGAUACACUUAAUGAUCAUUUGAAG